UUGCCGGGCGGCGGCUCGCAGUUGCUCUACACGGGGCACUGGAAGAGGACAUGGAUCGGCCCGUCGUCGUUCUACUGGUUGCUUUGGCGACGGCAAGCGCCGUCAAGGUCCCCGAAAGCGGGUACCUGUUCACGGCACCCAAAGUACUUCAGGCUGGCACAGAUGAACGCGCCUGCCUCAGUCUGUUCAACCUACCCGGGCCGAAUCGCGCUCUCAACCUGAAGUUCUACGAGCGCGACGUUCCAAGCAGUCUGUCGACCACGCUAGAUAAGAGCGAUUUCCUGUUGUUUGAGACAAACACUGCAGUGCCGGACAGCGUAGCAGAGAAUGGAGAGUACUGCUUCGAUAUCACCAUUCCAUCCAAGGUGGUGGCCCGCAGUGCUGACAUGCACAUGGAGCUGACCGCUGGCGAAGGCGUCUGGAAGGAGGAGUCUGUGGUGACUCUGAAAUCGGAGACGUUUCUGACGCUGGUUCAGACAGACAAGUCCAAGUACCAGCCUGGUCAGAAGGUGCUCUUCCGAGUGGUUACACUCAGCCACGACCUGACCGCUCUCAACAAUGACCUGAAUGAGGUGUGGGUGACCACUCCGGACAACAUCCGCGUGGCCCAGUGGAAGAACGUGAAAACCAACACUGGCAUGGUGCAGCUGGAACUGCAGCUGACCGAGGAGCCACCUCUGGGCUCGUGGACAAUUCACGUGCGGACUACCCAGGACACCUACACCAAGCGAUUUACGGUGGAGGAGUAUGUUCUGCCAACAUUUGAGCUGGAGAUCGAGGCACCCGAGUCUCUUGAGAGCAACGAGAAGACUGUCACCGUUAAAGUUUGCGCAAAGUACACUUUCGGAAAGCCGCUUAUUGCUGCCAACGUAAGCAUCAAUGCCACAGCCAGAGGCAUUGGAAGCUGGCAAUACAACAAUAAUAAGGAUCUGCUGAGGAAUAUUUCCGACUAUCAGUUCAGCGACGAGCAGGGAUGUGCCAUCUUUGACCUGGUGGUCAGCAAGAUCGGCAUCGGUCAUCGUAAUAUUGGAGGCGGAAAUACGGUCAUCAUCACCAUCGAUGUGGAAGAGCAGGGUACAGGACUCCGGCAGGUUGAGGUCAAGGAGGUCAGUCAAGCGUAUUCCUUCAUCAACCUCAGGCAGAGCGACAACGCGCAGAAGUUCCUGAAGCCGAAGCUGCCCUUCUACGGAGAGUAUACGCUGAGUAUGAGAGAUGGUAAAGCUGCGAAGAAUGAAAUCGUCAAGGUCUGCUACACAGCCAAGUACAAGGAGAGGGUCAUCAGUGACGAGAAGAAGCCAACUCCCGAUGACCCCGUUUAUAGCACACACAAGAAGUACGAGUCGCACGUGCAGAUCGAGUUCGGCUACACGCCGUUCUUCUGGGAGACUUCGGAGCCCAAUCGUCGCACCACCGGUGGCGAAUGUCGCGAGUAUAAAACAGACGAAAACGGUCGCAUCGUCUACUAUAUCCCACCACAGGCUGAGGACAUCGACUCCAUUGACAUCUCGACUUCUACCAGCGUCGGUGGCGAUUCUGACAGCUCGCACUCCACGUUGACGGCGUUCUUCUCGCCUUCCCACUCGUACCUGAGCAUCGACGCGCACGAACUUCCCGAACAGCUGCCCUGCUCCGGAGAUGUCACUGUGAAACUGCUCUCAACUGAGGAGGGACCGGUGCCAGCCAUGGUUUACAAGAUUCUGUCCCGAGGCAAGAUCAUCAAGGCGGGCAACAUGAACACUAACACGCUGACGUUCCCGGUGCUGCCCAAGAUGGGCCCCGAGUUCAAGCUGCUUGUCUACUACAUCAAGGAGAGUGGCGAAGUGGUCAGCGACUCCAGGGUCUUCAAGGUCGACAAGUGCUUCCCCAACACUGUUCAGGUCAGCUGGGAUCAGAAGACGGUCAAGCCGGGAGACUCUGCUUCGUUCACCGUUCGUGCCUCUCCCAACUCCGUCUGUGGAAUCAGCGCUGUGGACAAGAGCACCGAACUUCUGGGCACGUCCAACCAGAUCACACUGGAUACCGUGUUCAGCAAGCUGCAGCAGUUCAUCAUUAAUAGCUUCGAGAGCCCCAACCAGGUCCGCAGCGAUGGCGAUUACUGCAGGGAGCUGCAGCUUUCACUGGUAGACACUCUGCGAAGCGGUGGCGCCACGGUGGCCGAGCUUACUGGUCAGUCCACCCCGGAGGGCACGCCAGAGUCUGAAACCAGCGGAGCUGCCCAUUCGUCGCUCUUCAUCCCUCCACCGACACGGUCUCAGCGAUUCCGCACGGAUCGCGAAGACGCCAUCAAGCCUUUCGAUGAAGCCGGUUUCCUCGUUCUCUCCAACCUGGCCCUGGAGACUCGGCCCUGCUACAAGAGAGUUCAGGCCAAGGAACUGCCGGAGCUCACCGAGGAUAAAAUCCAGUCUACGCGCGUGAGCUACUCAGGAAGUCAUCGUGACAUGCCGGUGGCUUUUCACCGCCCACCGAGCCCCGGUUUCGGCCCUCCGGGUCAGGCAGGGCUGCCGCCGCCGCCGCCGCCGCCGGUCGCGCUUGCUAGCGUAGCUGCAGCACCUUCCCAGGAAGAUCAGCUUCGCGACUUCUUCCCGGAGGCUUUCCUGUUCAGCCUGGAAACUCUGGAUGCGGAGGGUGUGAAGACUGUCACGUCCGAGAUGCCAGACACCAUCACCUCCUGGGUCGGAUCAGCCAUCUGCACCAACAGCAAGGACGGAUUCGGCAUCUCUAACAAGACCAGCAUCACCACCUUCAAGCCGUUCUUCACCGAAGUGUCUCUGCCGUACUCGAUGAAGCGUGGUGAGAUCCUGAGCAUGUCUGUCAGCGUCUUCAACUUCCUCGACUCCAGUCUCUCGGUUUACCUCGAAGUUGGUGCCUCUGACCAGUAUGAGAUUAGCGGAGAGGUCGCCAUGGGUCUCUGCAUUGCCGCCGGUCGCACUGAGGUCAGGUCGUUCCCGGUCAACUUCCUGGGUCUGGGCGAGGUCAACAUCACAGUCACGGCCAGGGCACAGGACGGAUACUGCGACGAAGGCAACACCAUCGCGCCGGGCAGUGACACCGUCAUCCGACCAAUCGUCGUCAAACCAGAGGGAUUCCCUCAAGAAGUGACCCACUCUCGCUUCAUCUGUCUCGACAAGGAUGACGACCACCACACGGAGACGGUGAACCUGCCGGUGCCGGAAGGCCUGGUGCCCGACUCUCAGCGCGCCUACUUCUCCGUCAUCGGAGAUCUUUUGGGACAGACCUUCCAGGGUCUGGAGGGAGGUCUCAUUAAGUCGCCUACCGGCGCCGGUGAGCCCAACAUGAUCACUCUGGUGCCCAAUAUCUACAUCCGUCGCUACCUGGAGACAACUGGUCAGCUCAACGAGCGUCAGAGACGACAGCUAGAGCACAACAUGAAGAGCGGCUACCAGCGCCAGUUGCGCUUCAGGCGGUACGAUGGCUCGUUCUCGUCGUACGGAAAUGAGGACCCUCAGGGCUCCAUGUGGCUCACCGCCUUUGUUGUCAAGGCCUUCCGAGAGGCGUCCGAGUACAUCGAAAUCGAUGAGACUAUUAUUAACAAGGCUAAGGACUGGAUUCUGAAGAAACAGAACACUACUGGCUGUUUCCCGAGGUUCGGCGAGCUUAUUCACAAGGAGCUGAAGGGUGGCACCGAGCGAGGUGGUGAAGCGGCCCUCACGGCCUUCGUCAUGCUGGCUCUGAAGGACAUCGCAACCACUACUGAGCUGGCCAACGGCUUCGCCUGCCUAGAGGACGGCCUUCUGCUCCCCAACAAGACCCUGUACUCGGAGAUUCUUUUGGCUUACACAUACCUGAAUAUGGGCCAAGAUGUCAAGGGAGAGAGGCUGGUGAACAAGCUGAUGUCGAAGGCCAAACGCGAAGGAGAUGACAUCCUCUACUGGGAGGGCGACCGCGAUUCUCUCUUUGGUGGAAGCCGAGCCGUGGACGUCGAGAUGACUGCCUACAUGGCUCUCUCGCUGAUGCACAUCUCCGGAAAGGGUAAUAUGGAGGAGGCAGCGCGCGCCAUUCGCUGGAUCAACACCCAGAGGAACAGCAACGGGGGUUUCAAAUCCACUCAGGACACCAUUGUUGCUGUGGAAGCCCUGUCAGAGUUCGCGUCUCGCACGUUCGCCUCUGAUCUGGCCACGAGUGUGUCUGUAACUGCUGGAGGAGAGACUGUUCAGCGGAUGGUGGAUGGAGACAACAGACUGCUGUAUCAGGAGUCCAAGGUGCCAGACCUGACGCUGCCUGGCACCAUGAACUUCGAUGUCAGUCCGCCUGGCUGCGUGGUCUACCAGAGUAUUUUCCGGUUCAGCAGCACUCUCGAGGUGCCCGACCCUGCCUUCUCUCUCGGUGUGGCUGCCAAGAAGCGAGGCCGUACUGGCUACGAGCUGGAAGUAUGCACCAGCUUCCUCCGAAACUCUGGCGCCGUGGACCGCGCCAUUCUGGAAACGGAACUGCCCUCCGGCUAUGUUGCUGUGGACAGCACCCUGAGGGACCUGCGCAGAGGCUCAGCUGUUCGCAGCUAUGAGAUCAAGGAAGGUAAAGUGAUCUUCACACUGCAAGGAGUGGCCGAAGAUAAGACCUGUCUGGAGUUCCGCAUUAUUCAGGAGAACGAAGUUGAGCAACUGAAACCGUCCAUUGUGAAGGUGCACGACUUCUACCGUCCCGAGGAGAGGAACAUUCAGGAGUACGAGCUGACUCCCGCUGCUUAGAAAACUCACAUCGAUCUCUGCACGUCGUCUACGGCCCGUAGCACAGCUCUGACGGCCCAAGCGGAACAUACGGCCCGUACUGUAUGCUUACGGCCUGUGCCGUAAGGCGGCGCGGACCGCGGUAGCGGACGUCAAAUCAUAGCUGCGAAAGCAUUGGCAUUUCUCGUAUGACCAUAGGGGCUUGAUUUUCGAAUAGCUUGCUAGAUCGAGUUUCUGUGUAUGUAUCCAUUGGUGGUUGGCUGAAAAGGGGGCACGCACCGCCGUCUAGUGACGCUGCUUGAUAUUAAAAUGCUUCGAACGUAUAUUUAGGCAGCGAAUCAGUUCUGUUUGUACGCCAUAGUCCAUGCUUAUGGUGCGUCGUUUGUGCAAGACUAAGUCGAGUGACACUGUUCAGAAUGUUCUCAGCACGGGAUUGGGAAUAAUGUACGGUCAUCGUCAGUGGCUUUGAAAAGGGUAAAUCAAUAGCUACUUGUGACCUUACAUGCUGGUUUCAAAAAUAAACUUACCGUGGUAUA